GACCGGUUUGGUGCUUUGGUUUUUUGUUUUUUUUUUUUUUUUUUUCAAAAUGGUACUGCUGCGCGUGAGCAACGGUUUUUGAUCCCUCCGCGCGCAGCGAGCCAAAGAGUCCCCCGUCCCCCCUGAAAUCUCUGCCGUUCGCCCGGGGCGGGGGGUGGGGGUGGGGCACGGGACGACUCUCACGAUCCGCUUUCCUUCCCUGCGCCCUUUGGCCGGGAUGCCCGGUGGGCUCGAGGGGUGGGCGAGAGGGGCGAAGGCGCGGAGGAAUACGCGGUGAGGCGGCCCGGUUUGAAUGCGGGAGGCGGGUACCUGUAAUUACAGGAGAGCAAAGGCUGACUAAAUGUUUCUUAAAAUAAAUCACUAACAAUGCACAGACAAUCUAAAAAUAUAAAUGCUCCCCUGGAAGUUAAAGAAAAUGAGAGUAGCUACACUAAAGAGAAGGAAGAGGCCUCUUUCCCUGAUCUGUCAAAAGACCAGAAGAUUUGCAAAGCAAUUAAAUCAAAAGUCACAAAGGCAUCCAAGAAGGAGAAUUUAAGUGAUGGGAACCAGGCGCAGUUGGAAAAAUGCACCCUGAAAUACACCAAAGGCCUCAAGAAGAAAUCGUACCACAAGGAGGAUGUUGUUAGCUGUCAGUUUACUGAAUGUUUUUUCAAUACACUAAAAGGGGAUAUGGUUGGUGAACGUACCUUGCCUUUGAACAGUAAGGAAAAUUUUUCAAGUAGACCUGUUUCUUUGCGGGCUGAAUGCUACUUGACACCUAAUAGAGAUGAAGCAGAAGAAAAAUCUGAUUGUGCCGUAUCAGAGAAACAGAGGAAAAAACCUGUUGAUUUUAGAACUGUAACAAUUGCUGAAUUUGGGAUUACUCAAGAAAAUUUUACUAAACAUUCUAUAGGGAAGUCUCCAACUUCAUUAAAAUAUAGACGAAGAUCAGCAAUUGGAGUACGGGGAUCACCAGAAAAUAACACCCUUAUUCAAUAUCUUGCCCAACAGAGAAGCAACAGGCAAAAAGCAGCUUUUACACAGGUUAGUCCUUUUAAACGUGAAAAUGUCAGGUUGUUGAAGGACAAGAUAGAUGUCUUUCAACAGUCCUUUCAAUCAGUACAAGAAGCUGAAGGGGAGACUGGCUUCUCUGGACAGUCACAAGUGGAUGAUGCUUCCCAGGAAGCAGGCUGUUCUCCAAACAAAGUACCCUAUACAAAAGAGCGGAACCUGGAUCAGUGGAGUGAAAAGUUCAUGUCAGACAACAGCAGAGCUGAUUUGCAAGAAAACUUAAGUCAAAAUUUGACCAACAGCAGUAAGUCUGAUACCAGGAUCUGCACCACCUUGUCUUUGUGCCAAGAUGCGGCUGUCACUGAACCUGCUGCUGCUGUUUCAAAGAAAUGGGUUUAUGAGCAACACAAUCCUAUUGAGUCGUUGGAGGCUGUUCUAAUUAGAGAUACCUUGGAAACAGGCCAUGAUUUCAGUUCUGACCACAUCACUAAAGAUGUUAGAAGUAAUGUUAUAUCAGAUCUAAGCAGAAAGAAAGUUAGUUUUGGAGAAGAACUGAGCCUGGAAAUAUUUGAUGAAAGCAAGCCACUUACCACACCACCUAUCACACCACUACAAACAGGAAAUACUUCAUUAAAUGAACAUACACAGAGUGGCUCCCAUCUGCGAUCUGUAUUGAAGAAAACACCAGUGAAGCUACUAAUGGAUAGCAUGAAGGAAUACUUGGACGAUGCAGUUGACGGAGGAGGAGGUGAAUCUCUCGCAAUCUCCAAUUGUGCAAAAAUCUUUGAAGCAUUGCAAACAGAGAAAACUGAAAUACAUAGCUCUGAAAAGCCAAAGAGGAAAAGAGUUACUUUUGGAGAAGUUCUAAGCCCAGAAAUAUUUGAUGAAACUUUGCCUGCAAAUACUCCAUUGCGCAAAGGAGCAACACCAGUCCGUCAUCCAGGAUUACAAAGUAAUAGCCCUUUUGCAAGGUCAAGUCUCAUUGAAGAACCAUUAUCCCAGCCGAACUUUGAUUGCAAUGAUGAAUGUCUUGAGCCUCUUCAAGAGUUAGUGGAGGGUCCUGUUGCUGCAGAAGACCUCUUACCUGUUGAAAAUGCAGAAGUAGCAGAAACUGACAAAUCUGACAUGAUAAAAACUCGUUCUUCUACUAAAAGGAAGUGUAGCACCAUUUCAGAGGGGACUGAUUUUAGCAUCUCAAGAGCCACAAAUACUAAGAAUGUUAAAGAUACUAAAAAUCCAAGAAAGAACAGGUUUCAAAAACAAAAGAAUAUAACCACAUCUGCUGCCAAAAAGACACCAAAAAUAAAACAUACAGGCUAUGGGAAAAGAAGAAAGAAAAAAGUAAAAAAAUCUUUAUAUGGGGAAAGAGAGUUGGCUUCUAAGAAACCUCUUCUCAGCCCUAUCCCUGAAAUUCCAGAGUUUUUCUCUUCUGCCUCAUCUCCAAACUCACCAAAGGCAAAUGUAUUUUUUUCAGAGGACAUAUUUUUAGAUGAUACCAAAUCCGGGAAUGCUCACAAGGAUGUUCAACAGAAGCCAGCAGUUGAAAGAAUGAGAGGGAGAAAUGUCUGUGCGGUUCAUAUGUAUUCAAGCUCUAAGGUCCUGGACAUUGCAGAAGCCAGCAGUUCCAAUAAUACAAUGUUUCAGGUGUCAGAUGGUGAUCUGAAGUCUGUUUCUGGCAUUGAUCAUAAGUUUUCAAACAUUGUGCCAGAUGCAAAGUGUGGUUUUGCUACAUCUGACCAUUUCCAACGAGGUAAAGAGACUGCAUGUGUAAAAGAGGCAAAAGAAAGUGGUUCCUUGAUAGAAAACGAGAAAUUACAAGGAAAUCUCCUAAAUAAGGCAGAGCGGCUAAGUGGGCUAGAAUUUCUGGAACAAGAGGACACUAGUGUACCUGAAGGUGCCCAAAGAACUCAGUGUCCACCGACAGAUUCUAUAAGAGGUAGUCCACCAAGGAGAAGAAGAAGUAGUAGUGCCAUCUAUUUUCCUCCUGUUGAAAAAUUGGAAAUAACUGGAAACGAUUUUCCAGUUUCUUCCUUUGAUGUGGAAGAAGUCUUAUCUGCUCCUCAGCUAAAAAAUGACUCCUUAGAGCCUUUUAGAAGAAAGAGCGGUGACAAUGGCGAAAGAAGAGUGAGGCGCAGCAUGAGAUUACAUAAAGAUGCAGAAAUUGAAGGACUUGCAUGGAUUCAAGUACCCAAUGAGAUUCCAAAGAACCCUCCCCUGCUAGCUUCUGCUUGCAAAACCAGGAGAACAAUAAGCACAUCCGUCCUUACAGAAUCUGAGAAUAUUCACCAUAGAGAACAAAAUCUCAUCCAGUUUUUAGCACCAGGGAAGGAGAACAAUGACUCUGUUAAUCCUGCUGAUGGUCCUUGCAAAAGAUGGAAGAGGAAAACCAUGUGUGUAUCCACACCUCAAGAAGCAACAACUUGGUCUCAAACCCGGAAAAGGAGCAUAACAAAUUCUGUAUAUAGGAAGGUCAGAAGGAACCCAAAACACUAUGAAGAAGUAGAAAUACCUCUUGAAAAUAACAUUUAGCGAGGUUUCAGCUACCUCUGAUUUUCUAAACUGAAGGUCAGUAUUAGAUUCUUAUGUUCUCUCCCUUAAGUGCUGUUUUCUUCUCUCUCCCACUUAUAUUGCCUUACUUAUUAUUUCCUUAUUAAUUUUCUGGAUAACUUAGAAGUGAUUUUCUUUAUCUUGAUGACUAAAAUGCUUGAAGGUCAGAACUGCGUGGAAGACCUAGCUUGGCUCAAAGCAUUGGUCUGGUAGACAGUCAUGGCAGGUAAUCAAGAGGAUAAAAAAUUUUUCUCUCAUGAUGAACUGAAUUUGCCAUCACCUCUUUAUUGUAGUCUACAUCCUUGCUUAUGUGUUUUCAUACUUUAGUGCUGUCUAUAGAACAAUAGCAAUUAAACACUGCUAAUACUAUAAAAAACUCGACAAAUAACCAAUUUUCUUUGCAACACCAGGUUCAGUCAUUUCAAGAAGGCAAAGACAAUUUUUCUGAGCUGAAAGGAUUGCUUCUAGGGGCUAGUGAAUUUUGUUGCAAGAUACAGCAGCAAGACAAGAUACAAAAUCUAAAUAAUGUUUAUGCAUGCAUUUGUAUGGAUGUUAUCACAGUCUGGGAUUUUCUUGUGUUUAGAUAAAUGUUUACAGUUGUGAUACCUGCACAUUAGUGUGGGAUUUUUGCCCUUGAAACUUAGUCAUGAUUGUUAGACUGGAUGUGUUUAUUUGACCAUCUUGCUAUACUUGCUCCGCUUGCAAAUGCACAAUCAAUAUAUGCAGUUGCUAAAUGGAGACAUGUCAGCAAACGUGUGACUCUCAGCUGUUUUAAGUAAAGAGGAACAAAUCUGAUAGUUCAAAAAUAUGGUCUGUGGUGACAAGUAACUUUUUACAUGAUUGGGAGUUGAUACUAAUCCAUAUUUUGCCAAUAGGGCUCUUUCAUUUUUUUGAAAGAGCAGAAUUCAAGCUUAAGAUUUUGUUAUAUUUUUGAAGUUUAAUUGAAGCAGAUAAAACGUGAAUUUGGUUUUAGUAGAUAAACCACGAUGUUGUAAAGUAUGCCCUUUCAGCUAGAAUUCCUUGAAGUGUUGAUGUUUCCCAUGUGCUUGAUCAUUCCUUAUAAAUUGCUUUUGAAAUCUGCAUGAAUUUUCUUCCAGAUUUCAAAAAUAUCCUAAAAACCCUCUUGAGAUUCUCUGCAAAUAAGGAAGAACUCACUUCUGGCUUGAAGGGGAGGAGUAGAAGGCGGGGAAGCUGUUACCAUCUUCUGAAAAGGCUUUGCUUUACCUUCUGGGCACGAGUGGGGGUAGAGUUCCUAUACAUAAGACUAAAUUUUGUGUUGGAAAGAGUUAAUGAAUUCUGCUUCUCUGCUGUGAAGGUUGGUCACUUAAAAAAAAAAAAGGCUUUUAAAUCUUUAUUGUAUAUAACAUUAAUUCUAAAAAAUUAAAUUGGCCAAGGAAAGUGAAACAUUCAUCAUAAAAUAAAGUUGUACUUCAUUUCUGGACAUUUCCAAUCUUUGGUGUGUGUAUACUAAAUACAGUGCAUAUUAUUCAGUAGUUGACCUGUCAUCUUACUGUUUUCAUUUUUCUAGUUUGAACAAUGUAAUAAAAAGUGAUGACUGUAGGUGGUCUACUUAAGUAUUUGCUGUUGCGUUCAUUUUUCAUACUGUUUGUUUCAGCCCUAGUCAAAUACCUGUGCCAGCUUGAAGGAAAUAGCUUUCUGUUGAAAAGGAUCUCUGCUGUGACCUUGUUUUUAACAUUAUUGAUGUGGAAUAAAAUACUUUAUGUACUUGGCUGCUUUUAUAAAGCUUAAAAGCAAACAGAACAGUUUUCAUUUUUAUGCAUGUUUUACUUUUCUCUACAGACAUCAUCAGUUUUUCCCAAGACAAGAACUCCUAAGGCAAUUUGAAAGGAACUUCACUACUUAAAUGCUGUUCAUCUUAUGCUGCUUUAGAAACAUUACUGAAGUUACCAGAACAGUUGACUUGAUGUUUUAUUUUGGGGUUUGCUUUUGUGUCACAAUGAAAAGUUUUAGAUUUGGAAACAGAAUGGCAAUAGUUACUUGGGUUGAAUCUUGUUGUGACAGCAGUGUGUUGGUUUACCAGGAGAGGGCAGUCUGACAUGAGUUUUUAUGGUUGUAACUGAAUUUGAAAAUAAUAUCAUAAUGUACAAAACCUUUGAAGAGAUACUAGCUAAGGUUAAAAUCUAAAACUCCUUAAGAUUAAAACUAAUAAUAGCUGCUACUGCUAGCAUUCAAAAAAAAGAUCAAACCAGCAACUGAUCUACGCACUGACAUUAAUCUGGAAAAAAUGAAAUGCUUAUGCACUGCAUUCAGAUAUGGCUUUCUAUAUGGAAAUCACAUUGCAUUUUUAAACACAGUAGAGUACUACAGUUGAGCUGAGAUGUUAGGGUUUGCCUAACAGCUUUUAGAUACCAAAUAUAGCAGUGAAUGAAACCUUUGAAGAUGGUAGGUAUUGGAUACUGAAUACCAGACAUGAAUAAUCAGGUCAAGUAAAGAGUUGUCCUGGAGGAAGAGGCAAUAAACUAGUAUGUAUGAUACUAGAGGGCUUAAUCUAAACUGCUGCCUAGAAUGUGCUUUUUGUCAUGUUGCUGUCCUAUGCAUCAGUCACAGCAGCACUAGAAGCGAAUUCUCCCUAGAGGUUUCUUGAGUGGAUAGGCUAAGUGCACUUUAGAUGUGAAGUGAAGCGUAAGUAAAGUCAGAAAUAGAAGAGCAAGGGUAAGGAGAAGAAAACAAAGCUUGGAUUUUCCUCCUGGCACAGCUUGGUUGAAAAGGGUUGUUAGGAAUUAUAUGUAGAUGCUUGAUGGCAGUUUGCAUGGCUUUCGUGAGGGUGAGGUUGGAACCUACAGAGAAGUGAAGAGGUUGCAAUUAACGGGGCUUAAUCUGGAGGGGACUUGAGAGGAGACAAGUCUUCUGCUAUGUGGAAGGUGGUUGUAAGUGGGGAUGUAAUAAUCUCCGUAUCUGUACUGAAUGGGACAAGAAAUAAUGUGUUUAAUUAGAGAAAAAUGUCUGUGUUAAACAUUAAGAAAAAGUGCCAGCAGCAGAGAUAGUUAAGCACGGGAAUACAUUACCUUGGGAAGUUGUGGAAUCUCCAUCAGUAGAGGCUUUUAGGAACAGAUUAAACAAAUAUCUGUCAGGAAUGACAUAUGAUCCUUCCUAGGGGUAAGGAUAGGGCCUGGAUGGCCUCUUGAGGUCUUUUCUGGCUGUGUUUUCUGAUUGCUAGAGAUUAGGGUUGCAAGAGGUGAUUUGGGACUUGCCUAAUAGUUAAGAGCUGAGAUAGAAUCUGUCAUGGAAUAGGGAGCCGGAGCAUUGCUAACACUGGGGGCUGUUUAGCAUGGGAAGGAACUGGGGAAUUUGGGAGAGAGCUCUUCAUGCAAGGCUAACAAAAUGGUCUUAGUACUUUCAGAUCUCAUGUGACUCGCUGCUCUUCUGCAGAAGAGUAUCUCUAUAGACUCCUGAAAUAGUGUAACCUACAACUUGGUGGCCGUGCUGUUAUGCAGGAAGUGUGAACAGCAGAGUGAACAAUGCUGUUCCAUUUUCAGAUUUGCUUUUCUGAAAUGGAGUUAACAUUAACCUUUGAAUGACCAGCAACUUUAUUAUCCCAAUUCAAUCAAAAGAAGAACUUUCUGAAGUGGUCUCUUGUCUUCAUUGCCGUGGGGGGGGUGUAGGAAUUAAAAUUAAGGUAUAUUGUGUGUGAAUGCAGAUGGGUCUCAAGAGUCAAGAUAUCUUGAGUUUGUGGUUCUAGUUUUCAGCUGUUAAUUGCAGCACUAUCUCCAAUAGAUUUUAAUGGUAUUCUGUCACAUUAGUUAGCUUAGUCACUCUAAUACAACCCACAGUUUUAUUUGCAACAAAGUCAGAAGUGUAAAGCUGAGUUGUGUUUCGGUUUGAUCUGUGAAGCAUCACUAGGCAGUAUGUUAGACUGGGCAGCUGGCUGGUGCAGUCUCCCAUUGUGAAGGCUAGCCUUUAUAGCCUUCAAUUUAAGUCACUGUUUUGACUUUUUUUUUUUUUUUGUGCAGUACUGAGCUCCAUGUCAGUCUGUGCAUUAUAGUGGCAUCUAAAUAAAUCUAUGGUGUUUGGCCACUCUCUUUCACCUCUCAUUUACUCUCCCUGCUCUUCUAAAGGGAGGCUUUUUCUUUCUUUAGAGGGUUGUUAUAAAGAUUACUUUGUGUUUAAAAGUACUUCACUAACGUUAAGUGCUGUAUUGUAUAGACUUUAAAUGGCUUCAAGUAUGGUAGUAGCUAACACUAAGCGUAUAUUGCUGAAUAAUUGCAUUUAGCAGAUUGCCAUGCAAUUAUCAUGCUCUGACUGACAUAGAGGACAAGUGGUGAGUCUUAGGAAGACUGAUUAUUUUGCCAAUCUGUAAUUAUGAUGUUGUUAAUAAGUAAGAGUAAUUAUGUAUCACUUCUGCUUGCACUAUCCUAUGAGGUGAAGUGUUGAUACAUUUUCAGAUAGCUCAGUAUCUGACAACUAGCAGUAAGGACUAUUUCACAGUUGGAAAGGUCUUUGCUUAAAUUUGCUUAAUGUUAAUGGGCUGAAGGUACAAAGAACAACAGUACUUAUACUUGAAUUCUUUAGGAAAUUUUAAAGGGAAAGUGUUAGUGUUUUCCAGGAAUUAUGCCAAUAUUUUGCCAUAAUUAAGAUGCACAUAAGUUACAAAAGUGGAGACGAUAUGACCAAGUUUUCUCACAUGUCAGUUAACAGAAGUAAAAGUUGCUCAACCUGACACUCAUGGUAAGCAGGGGAAAGAAAAUAACAAGAAUAGUAUAUGCUUUUUUUUUUUUUUUUACCUUUAAAAUAAUCAGUUGUAAAUUAAACUUCCUCUAGUUUACAGCUUAUAUUUCUAUACUUGCUUCUGACUAAUUGGGCAAUAGAAGGGGAUACUGAAACACCUAAAUGUGCAUAUUAAUUUCACUAUUGUGUGUUCAUCUAGUCUAGCUGCUGUUUAGAAAUGCACUAAAAUGUUUGUGCUCUACUCUUCCUCCUCCUCACUGAAUCCUCUAGCACUCUUAUAGUUUACUUAGACUUGGGAAGACUUUAGUGAUGAACUGAUCUAUGCACAAGGAAGCAAACAGAAAAGCAUUGUUAGAUCUAUGUACAAGGAAAUGAAGAGAGAAAAAAAAGCCAUUGAAGUAUGCCAAGUGUAGCUUAAGCACACAGGAACAGGAGUGGGCAGUGAAAGAAAUUUCAUUUUCAAGCUGCUAACAGGUAGGUAAGCAAAAGAAAUAAAUCUAAAAACAAACUGUAAGGUGUAGUUGGGUAUUCAGAUUGCACAUUUUUAAAAUUAGGAGGUAAACAGUGCAAAUCAAAAUGUUUUAACUUGAAAUAAAGUAAGGUCUAAUUUCACUGUGUCCCAGUGGAAAAGAUGAAGUUGUGCCUGUGACUUAUAGACAAGAAGGCUAAUGUAUUAGUUUUGUAAUUAAGUCCUGUAAAUUGUGCAUAACAGAGCAAUUAACUACUUUAACCAAGCUUUGGAGGGGAAAGAAGAAAAACCUGUGUGCACUGGGAAUGAGGGCAUGGAACAUAUUCCCUAACUCAAACCUGAAAAACCUGGUGUUAGUCUUGGGUUAUUUCCAGUGACCCCUUGACUCCCAUCUUCCUGCCCCCUGCACAGAUUUGGAACUGGUCAGCCAUUUUUGUUUUUGGAAGGGAGAGGAGACAGAUAUAAUGAAUGGCUUUUAUUGUGCAAUAUUUCAAAACCUUUUUGACUGCAUUCGGAUGGGAUGGAAAAUGUUCUACCCUGUGCUGCAGCCAAAAUAAACAAAAUAUAUUCCCUAAACCUGGAUGUGUGUUUCACUCAAACUGGCAGUAGUUAGAGCUCUACUCUUAAACAAGAAUUUAGUUUGACAAUUUUUAGGCCUUGUUCAGCUGAAUGUAAUGGCCAAAGAAAAUACUUGGAAAAAAAUUAAAUAAUACAUAUAUUUACAGCUUGCAGGUGGCAUUAAUUUUUGUGGUUCAUAGUAUUUAGUUUUAAGAAUCCGUGUUAGUUGGGCUAUAUUGUAGAUUUUUAAAAAAUAUUCUUAAUUGUCUUUUUUUUUUUUUAAAUUAGUUUUUUUUAUGAGAAUAGUCAUUCUGAAGGAAAAUACAUUUUAUGUAGCUCCCUGAUGGGUGAUAAAUAGUUGUGAUUCAAGGCUUUAAAAGUUUAGGGUCUACCAAGAAACUGAAAAUUCUACAAACAUAAGACCCAGCAAACUAGCAGUAAAACCUCAUGACAGAAGCCUGCUAUGGACUGGCUUCCAACUCCACUAAAGUUUAUUUUAAAUACCCUCUUUAUGGUGCAGGCUUACUGCUGGUUUUUUAGCAUUGCCAAUCAGUUCAGUGAAGACCUUGCACUGUGUAACUGAGAUAAUUCAUGUUGUGCAACAUGUUUUAUAGUCUGAACAACCAUAUUUAUUAUUAAUAAUAGUAACUUUUAAUUUAGUCACCGAUGCCCAGAGGCGUCCAACUAUUUUAACAAUGAAGGACUAAGACUAAAUUAUCAAAGCAGACACCACGCCUGGACAACCCCCACCCUGCAAACAAAUCUUAUUCUUCACAAUCCCAACCUACAAGUAAAAAUCCCUUUGAACAAAUAACAUGCAAAACUCUUUAAGUAGAUAAAUGAGCAUCAUAUUUUUUAAAUCAUUGUGAUUAAAUCAUUAAAGAUUACAAACAAGGUAUCUCAAAGUCUGAAGAGAAGUUGCAAGAAGAAAUAGUGAUCAUUGCUUGAAAGCCCUAAUGAUGUAGUAAACUAAACAAGCUAGGAAUCAGAAAAUAGGGAGCUUUUUUCCCUCUGUGGUAUGGGUUUGGUUUUGUGCUGUUCUUGAAUUAAGUUGUUUCUCAGUUUCCUUGCUCUUUGUCUUUAUUUGCCAGCACUUGUAACAUCAGGGUGAAAAAUAUGGAUCUAAUAUCACCAUUUAUUAAAUCAACUGAGUUAUACUGAAGAUAUUUUUGAAGCCAUGCUUCACUCUGUCAUAAAUAACCAGCCUUUGUCAUACAAAUGUUUGGACAAACAAAUGCACUUAGGUCCAUGUUCGGAAGGAAGAUACUCUUUUUCGAGAGGAAUGUUUUCCCUGGAGCAUUACAUCAUGAAUUGGUUCAGUUCUUGGAGUAAGAAAUUGGACCAAAUGGUGGAGAAGGUCUCCAGGGGAAACAUACUUACGCUGUUAAGUAUUCCCACCAGAAAGCUUAGAAACCGCUUACAUAUUACCAUUCUGUCCACAUUUAGCCUUUCACCUUACUGCAGCUGAACAGAGGGAACAGGGGGGUGGUUAGACUUUUUUAAGGAAACUUGAACCUUCUUUGUUUUUGUCAUUACAUUUUCCCCCGCUCUUAUUGUAUCUUGUGAACUGAACUCUGGUAAUGGAAUGUCUCAUUUUUGACAGUAAUGCUGCAUAAAGAUGCAUUUGUUUUGUAUGCAAACUGUUAAUGAAACCUUAAUUAUGAAACCUUCCUUGGAAACUCUGAAUUUUGGGGGUUUUUGAGGAUUAAAAUGAGAGGAACCUCUGAGAAGACCAGAGGAUGGGAGGGAUUUGGGUGGAUUAAUGGGACAGCAGCCAUAUGAACAAUGUCUGAGCUGUAACAGUAUUGUGUUUCCUCUUGUGUAUGGACUGGUUCCCCAUCAAAGAUGGAGGCACUUGAUAUGGUUUCCUAUAUCAAAUGAAAACCUCAGAACAAGGAAUAAUAUACUCCUUUAAAUUUAGUAGUGCAGAUCAACAGAUUUUUUUUUUUUUAAUAUGGUAGAAUUAUUCUUUGAAAGCUGAUAAGCUUGCGAUUUCACAAAGGUCCACAUUUUGUUUUGUAGACAGUUAAGGACCUAAAAACAUAUUCCAGGUGCAAGUUGGAUUUGGAAAGUUUUGAAUUGUUCAUCUUGAGGUCACACAAUUACCUUACAGGAUAUAGAUGAAAAUAAAUACCAAUGUAAUAAAACUCAGAAGAAUAACUUUCUGGACAAACAUGUCCCAGCAUGGGACACUUAGUGGUUCAUGAGUGGCUUGAAUUGGACCAUGGAGCUGAAUUAGAAAGGAGCCUCCUGUGAUACUUCUGAGUCGUGCUCCCAUCAGUAUUUUGGACAAACCAUGUUCUACUGCUCCAGGUUUGUUUGAUGGGCAAAGUGAGGAUUUUUGUAUCCCAAAUCUUUUGUUUGGCACCUUCAAACACUCCUUAGAAAAACAGAAACAAGCAAAAGCUUAACUGAAUUUGUUUUUCUCACUCAAAGGGUUUGAUAUGCCACAACCGUAAGAGGCUGAAGAGAAGGUCAAGCCCUACAGCUGCUUUCUCUAUUCCUAUUUGAUAUCUAAUCUUUGUAAAAGGUGAGGUUUUGUAAAAGAAAAAAAUCACAGGCAGACUUUAACUGUUCAUAACAAGAAGGACCAUUAAGCUGGCCCAGCUGCUGAGGGACUGGCACUGUAAUUGGUGACUGGAAAUUGGCACAGGAUUGUAAAAGACUUCUGCCAAAACAUAUUUAAAUUAUGUAAUCAUAUUAAAUACACACUAAUUACACUGUGCAUAUUAUUGCUACAUUCAGGUUAUGAAAUCAUUCAAUAACGAAGUGUAUAGUAGAUAAUGCAAGAUUGUAAGAAGAGAGAGACUGUUCUGAAGCAUACUGAAAUCAGUGGAAAUACUCAUGUUGGCUGUAGUGGGUUCUAGAUGAGAGCAUGUAAAUGGUACUACAUUAUUCCACUAGGGGAAAAAGGCAUGACUCUAAGAUCAGCGCUAGGACCUGUUAUCCAGAACCCUGAUGCAACCAGCUCUUUAGAUGUUUCAUUUCUGCCAUAGAACAAACGCAGCAAAGUCGAUAACAGUGCAGACUUCUGACACUGGCAAUUCCCAGUGCUUCUGAAGCCUCUAAUGCAGCAGAUGGGCUGCUUGGUCUGCAAUACUUACGCCAUCUUCAGAGCAAGUGACAAGUCAUGUUAGUGUUCUUUAUUGUUGGUGCUUCUCUGAAAAUAAAGCUCAGUCACCUGCACAGCAUAACCAGCUAUGAGGCUGGACCAGAACUUCUACCAGACUUCCCUGUAUACUCCAUGCAA